AUGGUGAAAAUUGAUGAAAAUGAAUGCAGUGAAGAGGUGGCACCCAUCGACACACAGGAGAGUUUCAUGAGCCUUGAUGGUGAUGGACAAGAUACCGUCAAUGGAACAUCCGACGAGAACGAAGGAAAUUAUGAAAUCAUUGAAGAGGAGACCGUAAAGUUAGCUCCGAAGAAACGUAAGCGCUGUUCAGAGAAACCAAAAGCCGAUGCCUCCAAAACUAAGAAACCAUCCAUGUCCAGAAAAUCACGAGCUACAAAAAUGCAAUCCAAAGAACAGGACUCGAGCAAACUUAAUCCUUCGGUUUCAACCACAAAACACGGAGUCUCGAACAAUUCAGGUCCUUGGAAACCUGAAGAUGAUCAGCUAUUAAUUGAUCUGGUUCUGUCUCAUUUGAAAGAAAUCCCAUGGACCAAGCUCGCGAAAUCCCACUUUCCAUCGAGGUCAAGACAGGCAUUAGUUGGUCGAUGGAAUUCUCUCAAGAAGAAAAUGCUAAACGUAAACAGUGAUGGAGAUGCUGUUGAUGAUCGAGAAGGCAAUUAA